AUGUCCCUUCCCUGGCACGCAGCGUUCCCCUCCCCCCGCACCAUCGCCGCCUCCAUCCCCCGCGAUCGGCUCCUGCAGUGGAUGCAGCAAGGCCGUGUCCCAGGAAAAGACUAUGUCGUUGUUGAUUUGCGACGGACGGAUCAUGAGGGCGGCACCAUCAAACACUCCCUCAACCUCCCCGCCCAAACGCUCUACCCCUCGCUGCCCACCCUCUACGAAAUGCUCGCUGCUGCGGGGGUGAAGCAUGUUUUGUGGUUUUGCGGAUCAUCGGCCGGCCGCGGCACCCGCGCCGCAAACUGGUUCGCGGACCUACUGGAGGACCGCGGGGAUCGCUCCAUGCAGAGUCUCGUCCUGCAGGGCGGCAUCAAAGGGUGGGUUGCCGCGGGGGAGGACUAUCGGGCUUGCAUGGAGGGGUUUGAUGAGCGGGUCUGGGUGGAGAGUGGGGUGUUGGGGGGGUCUCAGUAG